AUGCCCAAAUAUGAUCGAUCCCGCGGAUACGACGCGGCGGCGGCGAAAAGCGGUACGGGACACGACUCAAAAAUAUGGAGCAGAAUCUCUGCCAUCGGUCUAGAUCAUUGUGGGUCAUCCGUUGGAUACCGUUCUUCCAUUCCCUUUGGGGGGUCGCCUGCGAUCGCCCGCUGUCAACGUCGCGAGCAAUACGCAAAAAAAAAAAAAACAGGUUUUAUCCCCUGCACAAGCCGCCGCCCGGUGGGCACCUGA